AUGAACAUCAUGGAGAAAGGAAUGAAAGAAACGAAUCAUCAAAAAGACUUAAAAACUCUUGAAAAUUCUUUUUUUAGGAAAAGGAUCAAAGGAAAGUUGUCUCGAUUUUCCAAAUCUUUCCGCUUCAGACUUUUGUCAACAUCAGCACAAGAAAAUGUGAAAAAACAUUUAAAAUUUUGUCAGAAGUUUGAGAAAGCAUUGAGUUUGGGUUGGGAUUAA